CGUCUGAUAUGGUAAAGGGAUUAUUGAAAAAAGCGUGCUCAGCAACGCGCCAAAGCUGUUUUAAACCUUGGUUACAAAAGGUUACGAUUACUCUGCCGUCCGGCUCACUGCGUUGUGCUCUAAGGGAAUUUGAUUUCUUCUCAGAUUCCUUGUUCCGCGGAAGUCUAGGUUAGCGUUGAAUAGGAGAACCUCAACCUACGUGAUUGUAUAUCGUUCAAGCUCUGUCGUCCAUAUAAAGCCACGAUGGAUCAGAUCAAAACGAGGAUUACUCUGUUGGUUACUGUGAUGUGGAUCAUGUCUUUUACGGUCUGUGUGAUCGCGACUAGUUUACAAGUAUCAUCAUCUUCGCCAUCUGCGUCAGCUUCAACAUUGCCGCCAACUCCUACAACACCAAUAGUAUUACUACCGACAUCACCUGCAGCGUCAGGAUCACCUCAACCAUCUGUGUUAGGGUCAACAUCACAACUAGCGGCAUCAAAACCAAUGUCCUCAUCCUCAGCCGAAACAUCGACAUCACCACCAGCAUCACCGUCAGCGGCACAAAUAAAAGUAGCAUUACUACCGACAUCACCAGCAGCGUCAGGAUCACCUCAACCAUCAGGGUCAGCGACAAGAUCACCUCUAGCGGCAUCAACACCAAUGUCCUCAUCCUCAGCCGAAGCAUCGAAAUCAGCGGCACAAACAUCUAUAGCAUUACUACCGACAUCACCAGCAACGUCAGGAUCACCUCAACCAUCAGGGUCAGCAACAACAUCACCGCUAGUGGAAUCAACACUAUUCUCAUCAUCACCUGAACCUUCAGCAUUGGCAUCAGCCAAGGCAUCGAAAUCAGUGGCACAAACAUCUAUAGUAUUACUAUUGACAUCACCAGCAACGUCAGGAUCACCUGAACAAUCAGGGUCAGCGACAACAUCACCCUUAGCGGCAUCAACACUACUCACAUCAUCACUUGAACCAUUAGCAUUGGCAUCAACAUCUCCAUCACCAACACCAUCACCAUCAUCAAAGUCGGAUUUACCACAAUCGCAAUCAACGCAACUAGCACCAUCAUCAACGGGACCACCAGAAUCACCAUCAGCGUCACUAUCGCCAACACUAGUUGCAUCAGGGUCAUCAUCAUCAGAACAAGGGUCGCAAUCGAUAUCAUCAUUAGCAUCAAACCAAUCAAAAAAACUGACUCCAUCACCGCCAUCUCCAUCACUUCCACAGUCAUCAUCAGUACUGCAACCGUCAUCAUCGUCACCACCAGUAUCACGAAUCCAGUCAACACAAUCUUUACCUGUAACAUUACCUUCCUCGUCGAAAGUAUCGACAGGUUCGACAAAACAAACUGUAUCGACGACAACAAAAGCAGUUACAAGCACAGUGUCUACGUCACCGACGUCGCAACCACCUACCACAUCGUCAAAAGAAGGCGCUAAGAAAUUCGAUGGAAGAGGCAAAGUGAUGGAGCCCUGGGACAACGAAUAUGCAGAUAACAGUUCCGAUAAGUACAAAGACCUUAAGAGCAGGCUUGAAACCCAUUUAGGAGGAAUUCUCGAAAAGAAAUACGGACAGAAUUUACUUGAUCUUGAGGUGGAAAACUUCCAUAAGGGGAGUAUAAUUUUCGACUUCACAGUUUUCCUUACAUCUACGACGGAUGUUAAUGCCGAUAGCCUGAAGGAGGCAAUAGAGAAAGAUGAAGGGGACUCAAAUUUCACUAUUUCCGUUGAAAGUGUAAGGCAGGUCGCUGGUCCCACACCAACAGUAACGUCGCAAUCAUCCACUACAUCGUCAAAAGAAGGCACUAAGAAAUUCGAUGGAAGAGGCAAAAUGGAGGAGCCUAGGGACAACGAAUAUGCAAAUAGCAAUUCCCUUAAGUACAAACACAUUAAGAGCAGGUCUGAAACCCAUUGAAAAGAAAUUCUCGAAAAGAAAUACGAACCGAAUUUACUUGAUCUUGAGGUGAAAAACUUCCAUAUGGGGAGUACAAUUUUCGACUUCACAGUUUUCCUUACAACCACGAAUGAUGUUAAUGCCGACACUUUGAAGGAGGUAAUAGAGAAAGAUGAAGAAGGCUCAAAUUUCACGGUAUCCGUUGAAAGUGUAAGCUUCAAAACAGAAGAUUGAAAAAUUGUUGGAAGGCGACAAAGGCGUCAAUUCUGCACAAUGACAACGAUCCUUUUGCACAGCCCCGUAUGUACAGCAUCGAUUCCAAAGAUAUGUACUUGCUAUCUGGUUUAUCGGAUGGAACACGAGCAAAAAGUCAUGGCUUAGCGAAAUCCGAUUUAAACUUCACUUUCUCUGAGCACCUUGGUCGCUCCAUCUUGGCCUUUCUCAUCACGGACAUUUAGUGCGGAGAAUGAAGGUUAUAAUGGCCCGGAAAAGGACGAUGAGAAAGCAGAGCCACAAAGCGAUGAGCCUUUGCAAGCCGACAUGAAAAGUGAUGUUUCCGAAAAGGAAGACAAAGAUGAAGAGAAUGUCCAGUUCUUACCUGCAAUUGGUUUUUUAUUAGUGAAACAGCUGAGGCAAAAAUGUUAUUGUCUUUUUAUCGAUUUAACUACAAGGGAUAAACAAUGAAGAAAUGAGUGCUCAAUCAUAACCAUUAACGUCGAACAGUGACGUAAGUGUGACAGACUAGAUAGAAAGAACAGUUACCUAUUUUUCGAAAUACUGACGCAUGUAGCACUGGAUGUAGAUAACAGUCUUAGUUAAUAGCCGUCAUUCUGUUUUAAAGUAAUGAAUGUGGCCUUUCGCACGUUUUUUUAUGUUUUCCAUCCAAUAGGUAAUGGUAAUAGGACUGAGUGGAGUCCAAUUCGGUCUGUAAUCAUACGAAAAAAAUGUGAUUUUUUGGCUAAAAUUAUAACUUAAAAUGUAAUUGGCUUAUUGAACUGUCCGAUAUCAAAUUGGCAAGUGAAUUAAUGGCAUCAAACCAAUCACAAUCGAGGAAAUUGUAGUUUUUUUGUUAUUUAAUAAGAGCUUUUUUCUUUUAAAGGUAAUUGGUAAUAAGAACUUCUUUUUUUCAAAGAUUGUUGGUAAUAAGAGCCUUUUUUUUCCGAAGGUAAUUGGCAAUUUUCAAUUAUGGCUCGAGUCUUUCCGUGACACACGCCUGGAAUAUGAUAACGUAACUAUUUGUUCUAAGUGACACUUAUUUAUUUACUCUUUUAAGUUCACACUCUAUUUUUUAAAUCGAAGAGACAACUAUUUCUUUCUAAGCAUUGGUUACCACGUAACCAGCAUUACGCGGUCAGUUUUCAAUUGUGUUUGUUCUCUUAACAGUAAUUUGAAAACCCUCGGAGAGUCGAUGACCUUUAAAUCGACUUUAAAUGCCUACUGAUUAGGCAAUAUGUGAUACAGUUGUUGAGACUUGAAAACCUCCUUUACAGAAAUAAACCUGUUUGUUCUAGAACAA